AUGGAAGUAGUUAUAUCUACGAAUUUUAAGUCGGUACCAAACAUCAUCUGCUUCACAGGCAACGGCUCUUGGCAAUAUGUCAUGACCGUUAUUGCUUACAAGGUCUGUCAACGCUUCGCACUGUGCCACUUCGACGUUGAUUCUGCCGACGAAGAUAGUACACCACGUCCGGAAUUAGCACCACGCAAGCGCAAAGCCUCUCCUCGAGAUAACAUCUCGAAUAUGUUUUAUACUGCCACUCACAUAAUCUCGGCAUUCCGAUCCCUCAUUCUAUAG